CAGUAUGUUCAGUGUUGUUAAAUCAUUUCUUUUUUUUUUAUUAGUUACUGUUCUUAUUGUGUUCUUGUUAGUGUGAUGUUUGAAUAAACUUGCCUGUUGCAAUGUUGGUAUAAUGUUUGUAUAAUUACUGUUAUACAACUGUUACUGUUUCAAUGUGACCCAGACCAUAUUUCUCAUUUAACAAACAUGUGUAGCUUAUAAUGUGUUGCAUGGCAGAGCAAUUACGGUAUAUUCAAUGGCUUAAAACAAAGCCAUCUGUAAAGAUCAGUGAAUGCAUAGAAAUCAAUGACAAGUGGUGUAGAUGGUUUUCCCUCUGUGUAAGGUCAUUAGCCCAAGUCCUACAAAAAAAUAACGACUGUAAUAGCAGAUGUUGAAGUUGUUAAAUCGUUAACUAACCAUUUGUAUGGAACAAUCGGUUAAGGUAAGUUAAGUGCUUGAGUCUCGACACUUUAGAGAAUGUCUAGCGCGCAACUUGAAUAAGCCAUGUGCGAUAUUACCCGGGCUCCAGCGCAACUUUCCUUACCAGGUGAAGCCUCAGGUAGCCUAGGAGUAGGACCAUUCAUACAGGAGCAAGCAAGAACGUUACCUUUUUCUGUCCUUGAUAAACGAAAAGACGGACCCGUUUCCACUGUAAGUGCAGUUUAUCAUUGCACAUUUACGAGGCAUUUCUUUUUUAAACUAUCUUUAUUUUCGAAAAAUAGACAAUGACAGAUUAAAUGAUAUUGAGCGGGAUAUUGACUGUAUUAUUUAAGGUGGUCAUACCGUACCUAUACCAUGUAUAUAACACAUUGAACAUUGAACACAAGAAAUGGAAGAAAUUCCAUUUAUGCGCAUGUACUUUCACCAUACAUACUAUCUAAAAAAUAAAAGGACCUGCAGGAAAAUAUAAAUACAGUACUCAAAAAUUGAGUUAACACGUUUCUGAUUGCUCUUCAGCUUCAGAUGCCGUAAGAGGGGUCUCUGGUCGUAAUCAGUCGCAAGUCCGUCCCUGACCAAUUAGCAUUCAUUAGCAGAAUGCUAGCGUGUAUGGCCAACAACGGCCCAAACUGUACGAAAUCGAAAGGACAUAAGUAGUCACUCAUUUGACUUUUGAACCAUAAUCUAUUUUGAACUUGCGGAAUCUACAAUAAAAUUUGCGAUAUUUCAACGACAAGCAGGUGAAAGAGGCAUAAUUAGCCGUUUAGCCCCAUAGACUCCCAUUCAAUCUGGACUCGCCCGCGAUCACCCCCAGUGGAUGUCUCAUGGAACUACAACCAAAAUCGGUACAAUGGGGCGUAUAGGGAGUGCCCAGGCUCUUUGUAGACGGGCUCUGCUUAUAGACUGCUUGAUCUAUCGUAAAGGUGAGAAAAAUGACGCUUUCACGUGAACGCGCACUGAACCUAAAGCGGAAAACCUGGUUCUACUAAUUGAAUCUAAAGUGAGCUUCGUGGUACCAUUUAACUCUGAUUGCGAGUUGCGGCUCUGUCGAGCCAGGUUUUCCCAAGAAAGCCUGGGUAUGUUCAGCGAGCUUCGUGGUAUAGGGCACAGGUCGGAGCAGGUUUUGCGCAGGUUAAGUUUGGAACAUAACACGGUUUUGGGUAUUUAAACCCGCGUUCACCGCAGAUAUCAUUUGUUCACAAUGGCAUGCCAUUUUGAUGAGAGGCCGGUUGAUAUCGGAGCGCAAACUAUUCGUGCAAUCCACCGGGAGCGAUAAAUAAGACAACGGCUCCACAUCUUGGCAUAUCCGGAUGACUUUUUGCUAGAGAGAUAUAGAUUCUCGCGCAAAUCUAAUAGCCUUCUCCAGCCUUACAUAGCCAACACUACCAAUCGAGGAUCUGUGAAGUUGAUGAAUUGUCACUUUUAGGUUUUCUACCAAGUUACCAAAAAAAAACAUUUGGAACAUUUGCGCUGUGGCACGGACACGGUUUGCAUGUGUUACUUCGAAGUCAAACUAAAUCUAAAAUACAAGAAAAACAGAAAAAACUAUUCAAUCAGUGGGGUAUCCUCACAUGGCCCCUGACUCUCUGAGGAGGUAACUCCAGGUACUCCCUCCAUGCCAGGGCGGCGGGCGCUCUGAAUUUAUGUCUAUUGCCAGCUCCUCCUCCGGGGUCAAGACAAUCUGAGGGCCAGAUCCAGUCUGCCGACUGUCGGCCUUUUUACGAUUGGCUUAUUGGAAUACCCCACUGAACACUCUAAUUUUGGAAAAAUGAAAUGUUUACGAAAAGACACGUAAACAUUUUGAAUAAAAUGGGGCCGUGCCUCCGUGAAAUGCCGCAAGAAAGCUGAGGGAUUUCCCCACUUGCAACUCGGAAGGCUGGUGUCCGAGGCAUCUGGAUCACACCAGUAGUCUCAGAUCGGGGGCGGGAUUCGGGCGCUCAACGCACUACGGAACAAAGUUAGUUUCGUAACACAGGCAAAGUGCUAUGACUAAAAGUAACAUUAUGUUAAGUUAACACAAAGAAAGAAGACGGCGGCGGAUACAUUGCCCAUUGCUUAAUGUCAACAACAAAACAAACUGUCAGUCUCGUGGAAGCUAACCCCGGAACUAACACGGUGCUAACAGGCUACAGCAGCUAGCUCAGGGUGACAGCGUGGGGACUGUCCCAAACACGAACAUUGACUAGAUUCGAGUUUCUGGAUCGGCGAGGAGCAGAAGUGUGAGAGGUCUGAACCACCUGUCGCCUUGAGAUGUCUUCGAGGGGAGGCUUCUCCAGCCCUCCGCUGAACGCGGCUAUGAACCCUAUGAUCGCUGGCCACACACCUGGGAUGAGGAUGGCCGGGAUGCCGCAUAACCUGUCGGGGUACCACCGGUCCAUGGUCGGUGUCCCUCAGUAUCAUCAGCGGCCAGGAAUGCAGCCCCACAGAGGAGGGGCCCCAUUAGGGAGUAUGGGGUCAAUGGGGGGCCAGAUGCCGGGGCCCUCCUAUGGUGGAGGGAACAUGGCCAUGCGUCCAUCCAUGGGACCGGCAACAAUGGAUCCCUCCAGAAAACGGUUCCUUCACCAGCAGCAGCAGCAGCAGCAGCAGCAGCAGCAGCAGCAGCAGCCUCAGGGGGCCAUGGUGGGGGCCCUUAGACGAGGGGCAAAAAGACGCAAGAUGGCUGAUAAGGUCCUCCCACAAAGGAUCAGAGACCUGGUUCCUGAGUCCCAAGCCUACAUGGACCUCCUGGCCUUCGAGAGGAAGCUGGACCAGACCAUCGCCCGCAAACGAAUGGAGAUCCAGGAGGCCAUCAAGAAACCCAUCACAAAGCGCAAGUUGAGGAUCUACAUCUCCAACACCUUCACCGCCGCCAAGCCUGAGGCUGAGGACCAUGAGAAGGUGGCAUCCUGGGAGCUGAGGGUGGAGGGCAAACUUCUAGAGGAGUUAAUGCUGAUGGAUGGCGACGCGAUGCACGCCAGGGUUUGGUUCGUGCUGGAAGUACUCGUCGGCUGUGUUACGGCGCUGGUGUGACCGCUUGAUUUGGAAACGAGACCCACUUAAGUUUCAAUGAAGGCACGCUGCUCUGAUAAAAAAAAAAAAAAGGUUUUAUACAUUGCGCUAAGUUUAAAUGAAGUUGCACCACAGAACU